GCAACUAAUGAAUCAGUCCACUUGCUCCAAAGAGGAUUACUGUUCUUUCUGCUUAGCUUAGUUAUCUCAAAUCAGAAUAAGGGUGAGGAGAGGUCUGUUGUCUACAGCAGCAAUCUGUCUGGCCAGUAAACAGUUGAGCACUCACACAAGUGUAAAUGGAGACAGUUCGACUGGAGUUGGAUGUUUUGAUAUUCCCAGAUGGAGUGAGGAUUGCUACUGCAGAAGAAAUCGCAGAAUGGGAGCUUAAGGCUGCAAGCCAGGUGUCCAUACCCACCAUCCGACUCUUUGUGGCCCUUUACCCAUACAACCCUGCUGCAAUGUCCCCCAACUAUGAGAUGGCUGCAGAGGAGCUGCCUUUUGUGCCAGGCCAGAUAAUCAAGGUGUUUGGAGACAAAGACUAUGAUGGCUUCUAUUAUGGUGAGUCCGGCGGUCUCUCUGGUUAUGUGCCAAGUAACAUGGUGGCUGAAAUCCCAGUGGAUGAUGACUACCUGAAGCAUCGCCUCAUGCAGCAGGGAUUCCUCCCUGUGGACCACACAGGCAUGUCUUCAACGCCAGAUCUGAGCGACAUAGCCAGUAUCAAUGAUGAUUUGGUCGUUCGACGAAUGGUGGCCCUAUUUGAUUACGAUCCGUGGGAAAGUUCCCCCAACAUGGACAGUGAGAUGGAACUUGGCUUUCGUUCAGGAGACAUCAUUUAUGUGCUAGGUGACAUGGAUCGAGAUGGAUUUUACUACGGGGAUCUGCACGGACGACGAGGUUUGGUUCCUUCUAAUUACCUGCAGCCGCUACCCUGGAAUUAGAAGAAAAAGCCACGCUAAGAUGUUUGCUACCAAUGCCAAGUCUCAGAGACAGUAAGACAUCUGCCGUUUUUGGGACAGUUUAUGCGUCCAAAAAUGUUUGUUUUUAUUUUUCACAUUAUAGCUUUGCACUGCAUGUACUUUAGAUUGCAACUCAAUAAAGGGUAAUAAAGAAGCAACUAAUUAACGUUCUAUAAGUACUCUAAGAGUUGUCAGUAUUGAUCAGAAUGCGACAAAGUGAAACAAGUUCUUAUCAUACAAUGUUCAGGUGCUUUAUUUAUUGAAAAGCAAAAAUUACCAAUCAUUUGGUGAAAAAGUACAGAAAAUACAAAUGUUGUGUAUUUUAAAAAUCAAAAAGGAUCUUUAUUCACUUUAUAUCUGCCCGUCUGCUUUCCUUUUGUUGCUACUCUAUGCACUUUCAAAGCCCAACAUGAGCCAAUUACUUAAAAUUAGAGCUUAGAUAUACAAUAUAUCUAUAAAUGUAAAUGUAAUUACUUCAAUCACACCUUGAUAAUGGAGAGACUAUUUAGCCUUAAUAAUACACCUUUAUUCUCCGUUGUUUUGCAGACCAGUGUGUAUAGUAUAUCCAUAUUUGCCUUAUGUAGCAAUUUUUAUGUAAAAUGCUUAACAACAGUAACUUUGUAUAGGGGAGAUUAUUCAUCAUGUUAUAAAUGCAAUAAGUGUAAAACAGAAACUGAAAAUAAAGUCUCUUGGAUUUG